AUGGCGCCUUAUCACAACACCGUGAGACCGGACAAUGUCCUCAAACGUGCCGAAGACUUGGUUGCUGUCGGACAGACCGAAACGGCGCUCGAGACGCUCUACGAGUUGCUCACCUCCAAGCGUACCCGCGGCGUGGCCGUGGCGUCGCUCGAGCCGAUUGCGCUCAUGUUUGUGUCCCUCGCGGUCGAGCUCCGUAAGACCAAGAUCGUGAAGGACGGUUUGCACCAGUACAAGAAAAACGUGCAGGUUGCCGCCACCGGUUUGGCCUCUGUUGAGGUUGUGUGCCGCCACUUGCUUGAGUUGGCGGAAAAGCGCUUGGAACAGGCCCAGGCCACCGCCGACAAGUCCGCUCUUGAUGCUGAGGACGAUUUGGAGGCUGUGGAGUCGCCAGAAGACAUCUUGCUCGCCGCUGUGUCCAACGAGCAGUCGCGCGACCGCUCCGACCGGGAAGUGGUCACUCCGUGGAUGCGCUUCCUCUGGGAGGGCUACCGCACGGUGCUCGACAUUUUGCGUAACAACUCCAAGUUGGAGGUGGGUUACGCCGCCGCAGUCAACCAAGCCUUCGGGUUUGCCGUCCGCAACAGCCGUAAGACCGAGUUCAGACGUCUUUGCGAGAUGUUGCGCAUGCACAUCCAGACUGCCAACCUCCAACAGAAGGGCGUGCAGUUGAACACCAUCGACCUUGCCGACCCUGAAACCAUCCAGCGCUACCUCGAUCUCCGCUUCACGCAGUUGACCCACGCGGUCCGCUUGGAGUUGUGGCAGGAGGCCUUCCGUUCGGUCGAAGAUGUUCACCAUUUGAUCACCUUGUCCAAGCGUCAGCCAAAGCCGCACAUGAUGCUCACCUACUACGAGAACCUUGCGCGCAUCUUUCUUGUCUCCGACAACUACCUCUUCCACGCUGCCGCCUGGUACCGCUACUACAACUUGUACACGCAGCACCCACACGCGACGACGGCCGAACUCUCGCGCUUUGCCACUCGCUUCUUGUUGGCCGCGUUGACCAUCCCUGCGCAAGAAACCGGUGAUGACGCCAAGAACAACAAACUUGCCGCGUUGUUGAACUUGCCUAAGGUGCCAACUAGAGCAUCGUUGCUCGCCGCUGCCGUUAGCAGAGAACUCGUCGAGAUUGCCGAGCCAUCUAUCGUGCAGUUGUACCGGGUGUUGGAGUCCGACUUCUCACCGCUCACCGCGCGCAAGGAGCUUGCCGGCUCUUUUGCCACGAUUGAGGCCCACUUCCCAGCCUACGUCCAACCGUUGUCCGCAAUCGUGCUCUCCAAGUUGUUUACCCAGGUCUCCAAGGUUUACGAGUCCGUCAAGCUCGAGUACUUGAUCAAGUUGACCGCGUUCGAAGGCGCUUUUGCGCUCACCGCGUUUGAGGUAGAAUUGGCCUUGGUCAAGAUUGCCCGCGAUGGUGCCCUAACCCUCAAGAUCGACCACGAUUCCAGGGUCGUCACCUUUGUGUCUGAGCCGUACACCGAGUCUGUGGAGGUUCCUUCCUUGCAGUCAUCCCCAGCCGAGUUGAUUAAGACCCAGUUGGCCAGGUUGACAAAGACCUUGAUGUCCUCCAUCGCUAUUAUUGACCCAUCCGUUGAGGUCAGAGCCAAGGAGGCUGAGGCCGCUGCCAUCACCCGUGCCGCCGCCAACAUCCAACAGGAGAGAGCCGCUUUGGUACAGCGUCGCGAGAUCCUCGAGGACCGCAAGCGCUCCACUGACAAGCAGAAGCGUGAGCGUGAUGCCGAGGCUGAGAAGAAGCGUAAGGAGCAGGCACUCGCCGAGCAGAAGGCCGAACAGGAGAGACAGGAGGCUGAGACCGUCCGUCGCGCACGCGAAAAGAUGGAGAGGGAGAAGGAUGCCAUCCGCGCGAACGAAAAGAAAAAAUUGGCCGAGGAAAUUAACGCCAAGGGGAUCAUCAAGAUCGACGUUGAAAAGUUGGAGGAGCUUGACUCCGAAAAGUUGCGCCUCAUGCAGGUCGAGCAGUUGGCCAAGGACAAGAACGAGAUGGAGGAGAAGUUGAAGAGCCUUGCCAAGAGAAUGGAUCACAUCGAACGUGCCUAUAGACGCUACGAGUUACCGUUAUUGGAACAAGACAAGGAAACGCAAAAGGAAACUGAUUUCACAACCUACCAGGAAAUGAAGACCAAGAUCAUCUCCAAGGCCAAGAAAGAACACGAGGAAGCUGUCGUUGUGCGCGACCGUUUGGCCAGAGUUGUCCCAGACUUUACUAAGUUCCGCGUCUCCAUCGAUAUCGCUAACAAGGAGAAGCUUGCGGAGGCGCAGCGCACGGCCCAGAUCCACUUGGCCAAUGCCAAGCAGGCCCGUAUCGACGAGUACAAGCAGCAGAAGCUUGCGGAGUUGCAGGCCCAACAGGCCAUUGCCCAGAAAGCCGAGGCCGAUGCUGCCAGAGAGGAGAAGUUGAGACAGCAAGCCGAGUUACAGAGAGAGCGUGAAGCCGAGGUGGAGAGAACUCUCCGCGAGAGAAGAGCCGCUGCAUCUGCGCCGCUCCGUGCACCAGUGCCAGUUGCCGAGGCUGCUCCAGACUUGAGCAAGAUGAGUUUUGCCGAGAAGAUGAAGUUGAAGAGAGCGCAGAGCGGACGUUAAGCGUUGAGCCGAAGGCGGAAUGCAUCCAUGCAAAGUGUGGUAUUUAUUGAUCCGAAGGACGAUAUGUACCCGGUUUAAGUGAUGCCGGCUGUGUUUCCUUAAAACCAGGAUCCUGUUGCGGAUGCAAUAUUUGUUAGACGUUAUA